GAAGAAGGUGUGUGUGAGCUGAUCCAGUGGAUCCAGUCAAUCCAGCAGCAUGGAUCAGUGUGAGGACACACAGGAGGGAGCCCCUCCCUCUAAAAAAAGGAGAGAUUAUAAUCAUAACAACCAGACCAAAGCUCAGAGGAACCAACCUGGAUCUGGAUCUGGAUCUGGAUCUGGAUCCAGCUGUGUGUCCUUCAGGAGUGAUACUUCAAAAGAUUUACCUCUAAACCUCAAGUCCAUCAGUCCAGCAGUGGAACAUGUCUACAAAGAGAAGAAGAGGACUGGACCCCAGUCUGCAGAAAGACCCAGAGCUGCAGAUGUUGGUCUCCAGGAGAUUUUUGCAGAACAUCAGAUCAGUCUGAGGAGCAGAAGUGAACAUGUGACUGAAGGAACCGAAGAAGCAGGAAGAGAAACACUUCUUAACAAGGUCUACACUGAGCUCUACAUCACAGAGGAACUGAGACAAGAGGUUAACACCCAACAUGAGGUGAUGCAGCUGGAGACAACCAGAAUCAAUAAGCUCCAUGACACUGCAGUCAAGAACCCCGACAUCUUCAAAGUCUUCCCUGACCAACACAGAUCCAUCAGAGUGGUUCUGACCAGUGGAGUUGCUGGAGCUGGAAAAAGCUUCUCAGUGCAGAAGUUCACUCUGGACUGGGCCGAGGGCUUGGAGAACCAAGACAUCAGUGCUGUGGUUCCUCUUUCCUUCAGGGAGAUGAACUUGAUCAGAGAUGAGCAGCACAGUCUUCUCACUCUGAUCCAGCUUUUCCAUCCAACACUCCAGAAGAUCCCAGCAGAACAGCUGUCUGUCUGCAAACUUCUGUUCAUCUUUGAUGGUCUGGAUGAAAGCAGACUUUCUCUGGACUUCAACAAGAGUCAGGUGGUGUCUGAUGUCACCCAGAAGUCCUCAGUCAACGUGCUGAUCUCUAACCUCAUCCAGGGACGUCUGCUUCCCUCAGCUCUGGUCUGGAUCACUUCCAGACCUGCAGCAGCCAAUCAGAUCCCUCCUUCAUGUGUGGACAGACUGACAGAAGUACGAGGCUUCAAUGAUGCUCAGAAGGAGGAGUACUUCAGGAGGAGAUUCCCAGAUGAAGAGCUGUCCAGCAGAAUCAUCUCCCACAUCAAGAGCUCCAUGUCCCUCUACAUCAUGUGUGAAGUUCCAGUCUUCUGCUGGAUCACUGCUGUGGUUCUGGAGAACAUGCUGACCACAGAGAAGAGAGGAGAGCUGCCCACCACCCUGACUGACAUGUACUCACACUUCCUGAUGGUCCAGACAAAGAGGAAGAAGAACAAGUACCAGCAGGAACAUCAGACAAGUCCACAAGAGCUUCUUCUGAAGCUGGGGAGGCUGGCAUUUGAACAUCUGGAGAAAGGAAACAUCAUGUUCUACCAAGAAGACCUGCAGCAGUGUGGUCUGGAUGUCACAGAGGUCUCAGUGUACUCAGGAGUUUGUACUGAGAUCUUCAGAAGAGAGUGUGAGAUCUUCCACAAACCGGUCUACUGCUUUGUUCAUCUGAGUGUUCAGGAGUUUCUGGCUGCAGUCUACAUGUUCCACUGUUACUCCACCAGGAAGCUAAAGGUCAUUGAUGACUUCCUGAAGAACAACAUGGAGAACCCAUCCCUGGAUGAGUUUCUGAGUAGAGCCAUGGAGAAAUCCCUGCAGAGUCAAACAGGACACCUGGACCUGCUUGUUCGCUUCCUUCAUGGUCUCUCUGUGGAGUCCAACCAGAGACUUUUCGGAGGCCUGCUGGGUCAGACAGCGAAGAAUCCAGGAACCACCCAGAGAGCCAUCAACAAUUUGAAGGAGAACAACAUCAGUGGAGGAGUCUCUCCUGACAGAAGCAUCAAUAUCUAUCACUGUCUGAUGGAGAUGAAGGACCUCUCAGUUCAUCAGGAGAUCCAAGAGUUCCUGAAGUCAGAGAACAAAUCAGAGAUUAAACUCUCAGAGAUCCACUGCUCAGCUCUGGCCUACACUCUGCAGAUGUCAGAAGAGAUUCUGGACAAACUGGACCUGGACCUGGACCAGUACAACACAUCAAAUGAGGGUAAACGGAGACUGAUCCCAGCUGUGAGGAACUGCAGGAAGUUCAGAUUUCCACAGCGAUUUGAAGCCUCAAAAGCAGACUAUGAAGUUGUGGCCUCAGCUCUGAAGUCCAAUCCUUCCCAUCUGACCGAACUGGACCUGAGCUAUAAUCACAUGCAGGAUUCCUCCAUGGAGGUUCUGUGUUCUGGAUUGGAGAGUCCAAACUGCAGACUGCAGACUCUGAGGCUGAAGGACUGCAGUUUGUCAGAGACCAGCCUAAAAGCUCUGGGAUCAGCUCUGAAGAACAACCCGUCCAAUCUGACAGAACUGGACCUGAGCUGGAACACGAACUUGCAAAAUUCAGGAGUUCUUUUUCUGUGUGGUUUUCUGGAGAGUCCAGACAGCAGACUGCAGACUCUGAGGUUGAGGAACUGCAGAUUGUCAAAGAUCAGCUGUGCUGCUCUGGUCUCAACUCUGAAUUUAAACCCGUCCCACCUGACAGAACUGGACCUGAGAUUCAACAACCUGCAGUCUUCAGAUGUUCAGCACCUCCAGGAUCUGGUGGAGAGUCCAAACUUCAAACUGCAGACUCUGAGGUGGUGUGGUGGAAGCCUCUGGUCUUCCUGGUGGAGCAGAGAAGAGAAUCAGUAGCAGCUGGUCUGCAGAGAUGUUGUUCCUGGAGGUGGAGAGCAGAGUGAUGGAGGAAUCAGAGGAAGUGGACAUGAGUGUCAGAGCUGCAGCAUCAACUGAUCUGAGAUCAGCUCCACUGUCUCUCUCAGCAUCAAGUGGACAGUUAUUGUGCUGCAUCUCCCCCGGUGGACUGAUGGAGAACUGCACUUCAUCUUCUCACUCAACUUGGAGUGUUGGGAAGUCUUCUGCUUCUCUUCUCUCUCGUAUUGGGAGCUUCUCUUAACUUUGUCCACACACUCUUGCUGUAGUUUUCUCCUCAUGUGUCCUGAAACUGUUUCUCUGAAUGAUCUGUGUUGGUGAUACAUCAGAUUCAGACAUGAUGGUUUCCUGCAGAAGCUCAGAAGUCUUUUCUGGUGUUUCUUGGACUCCUGCACGUCUCUGUACCACAGAGUGGACCAGCAUUCUCUGAACAUCCUUCAGCUGGUCCAGAAAGCAGCAGCAUGGUUGUUGACCAAAGAAAGAAAACCUUCCAGCAGUUCUGGCCUCAGGAUUCUCCAUCUGGGAGCAUUUUGGUUCUUCUUUUUCAUUUUUAUCAGACCUUUCAGAACCACAAAGUGGACUGAGUUCCUCUGAUUAAAGGCUGCUGGUAUCCCAGAACUAGAAAGUAAUUUUCUCUAAAAGCCCCAAAUCCUAGAAUAGAACUGGAGUUAGGCUGAAAGCUGAGGACUUCAUGCACGCCGUUCAUUGAAAAAUAUAUGUAUUUUUUUGUUUUACUUUUUGAUUUUUACUUGCACUCUAUUUUUGUUGCAUAGAAGGAAUCUUUAGUCUUUUAUAUUUAUCUGAUAUUUUAUGAGGUUUUGUUUUUUAUGUCUCAUUUUAAUUUUCUCUUUGUUCCAUGGUUACGUUUUAGUCAUACUUUUUUCAGCUCUUUGUAAACUGGGAUGAAGCCCUUCCAGCAUUGAGGGGCUAAUUGGAGAAGAGCUGAGCAGAAAGAGGAAGUUGACUCUCUUAGCAGCUCUGGAGAAAAAAAAAAACAGACAUUCAGACAAACAUAAUCCAAAUUGUUAAAAAGAAAUCAGUCAUUACAAACUGACAAAAUGUUAAUAAAAAAUGUUGUUCUCUCAUGGUUAAUGUUUUGUUUUCCUUAACUCUAUCUUUGUAUCAUUUAUCAUGAGGGAAUAUCAAUUAUUUGUUAUAUUUUUUUAACAAAUACUUUGAUGUUCUUUUUUUAACUUCCUUGUUAAUUGAUUUAGUUUCUAAAAAUUGCUAUAUGACUCAAUGGGUUAAGUGUAGGGUUUGCAUGCAGGAGCCCUGGGUUCAAUCUCCGGGGUGUCCACUGAUCCCCAUCCAGACUGGACCAGCAAGACCCUUGACCGUGCUGCCUAACUGGGUCCCUGUGCCUUUCAAGUACAGGGUUGUGUCAGGCUGGGCAUCUGGUGUAAAAACUCUGCCAAAUCACUGAUGCGAAACAGUGGGUGCUGUUUUGCUGUGGCGACCCCGAAAGGGAUAAGCCCAAAGUGAAGAAGAAGGUGACUCAGUUUCAAGGAUUCUACUGCUAAACAGUCAGUUAAUCAAUUGACUUUUCCUUUGAAAUAUUCUUGCACAUAAUUCUAGUCUGCAGAUCAAACACAGAAAAGACUCAGCAAACUUCCACAUGUGAAAAUAGCC